AUGACAGAUGGUGUGGGUGUAUCUGCUGAUGCAGUUUCCACAGAGCUUUUUACACAACUUACAGUUGCCAUGCAUCUCAUAUUGCAUUUUAUAUUGCUGAUUUCCCUAAACUGUGCAGUGGACGGUGCUGUGGAGCUGCAUCAGAAGCUCUUAAAUAUUAAACCUGACACCAAGAUAGAAUGUACCUUUCCUUCAGACUGUUAUUAUUACAUUCACUGGUAUCAGAAGAAAGACGGCAAACCUUUCAAGAGAGUUCAGUAUGUGGAGAUCAGUAAUGCACAACGCAGAAAUGACCAUGGCUUUGGGUUCUUACAAUCAGAGAAGCCAGCAAGCAAUAAAUUUGUUCUGGUAAUCCCCAAUGUAAAGCCAGAGCAUUCAGCAACAUAUUAUUGUGCCUGCUGGACAAAGAUCUUACACUAUGUCUGUGAAGUCAUUUUUGUCAUUGGACAUUUUGCUGUGGGAAGCUGGUGGAGCAACACUUAUUCUAAGGUCUUCGGCUCAGGCACAAGACUUUAUAUAACAGGCACUGGGAAUGACGUGGUAAUAGAGCCACAAGUGUCCGUGUACCCAGCAUCCAAGCCUCAAUCAAAUGGAAAGCGUGUGUUGCUGUGCCAGGUGAGAGGCAUGUUCCUGGAUCUGUUGAGAGUCACGUGGCAAGCAGAAGAUCAGCGUGGAAGUAAAGUGGAGCUGAAAGAUGAUGAGCAGCUGGAGCAGAGAGACAAGGGUCAAGUUUACAUAACCAGCAUGCUCAUCGUAGACCAACACAAAGUCACGAACAAUAAAUUCACCUGCUCUGUUCAACACGACAGCCGCGUUAAAGACAAGAAAGUUGUCAUUCCAAGAGAUGAUGAACUCCUUACAGAGGAAGACAAUCCUGAGAUUGAGUCAAGCACUGUUAUGGUCUGCCCAACUCCGAAAGAAGUAGAAGUAGAAGAGAGGGAAGAGGAAGUUGAGAUGUCUGAUAAAGAAAUAAAACAAGAUGUGUUUGAGCUCAGCUGCAGUCUGCAUCUAUUCAGAGUGACGUAUGUGAUACUGCUGGUGAAAAAUGUGCUGUAUUUCUGCACCGCCUCUGUCUUACUGUGCAAGAAAAACGCAAAGGUUAAGUCCUGAUCAGUCCAUCAACCAAACAACAUGACUCAACACACCACCACAAAUACACUGGCAGCCUAAAGUUUUUGAACCCCAUACUUUAAUAUUACUUUAACAUUUUCCCCUGCUACUUGCCGCACCAUUAUGUUGUCCUUUCUGAUAUUUUAUAUAUAGAUUUUCAUAUUUUCAAAAUAUUUCAAAAGAUAAAUCUGAUUUAGUUGUUUAAACCUACUGUGACUAUAUAUUUAUCGAUGCUACUAUCUUUCGAGCAUUGCUUUGUAUUUCAUUGUUACAUUAGUCAUACAGCAUCCAAGGAUUUGCAUUUAUGCUUAAAUUCUUAGUCUUAGGAACCCUAUUUUUUUUAUUAUUUAUUUAUAUUUCCAAACAUUAGUUUCCCAGCACAAAAUUAAAUGUUACAGAAAAGUACAUAAAAUAGUAAAGAAAGCAGCAUAUUAAGAGAUCACUUUUCAAAAGUCUUAGACACCCUGUUUUUUUAAGUACAAAUUUUGUUAUAGAUUUUUAUUUUAUGACUUCUACAAUAUUGAUUCAGUACAAAAACGUUUUAGAUUUCCAAAUUUUUUCAGCACAAAUUUAAAUGUUACCAAAAAAUGUUUGUAUGUCAGUAAAGAAAGCAACAUAUUAUGUAAGAGACACUUUUCAGACAAAAAAAACAUAAUGAAGGCUGCUGGGUUUUACUGCAAAAAUAAGAAGCAAGUGUGACAGUCAAAGUCUCCAGAAGAACUGUGGCUGCUUCUGCAAGAUGCUCAGUAACACUUCCAGCUCAUUUCCUUAUAAAACUGCACACAUUGUACCCGAGACUACUAUUUUUUUUAAAGCGAAGGAUCAUCACACCAAAUAUUGACUUUGUUUCAUUUAUUACUGUUUACUGCUCUUUAUAGUAUUUUUUUAAUGUAGAAACAUUUAGUUUCAUUAUUUUUGAAGGCAUCUUUGCUCUACAGCAUUUCUUUGCUUGUGCCUAAGACUUUCGCACAGUACUGUGCUGUUUAGUCAUUAUUAUAUGUAUAUGUAUGUAUAUAUAUACACACACACACACACACACACCACAAAUACUGAAAGUGAGGUGAGAAUACAACCUGGAUAGGACCCCAGUUCAGUCCACCCUAGUACACACACAUAUUCACUGGAGCUUUGUGAACUGUGAGGCUGCAUUGCUACCUGCUGAGCUACUGUGCCUCUCACAAUAUAAAUAAAUUAAAAAAGACAUAAAACAUACCAGCUAUUAAUGAUUAAACAGCACAAUUUAUUAUCAACAGUAAACCUUUUCAAACAUUUUUAAGAUGUGUUCUGUACUCUGAACUUUGUGGAGCCUGUUGGAAACUUUCAAACCAAAUUAGAAUUUGAUUAGAAUGGAAACUGUUGGGGAACUAUGUGCAUGUGUGUGUGUGUGUGUGUGUGUGUCCUCUUAAUAAUGUUAAUAAUCAGCAUUUGUAUUGCUGAUUUUCCUAAUCUGUGCAGGUAAGCUUCAAGUCAUUAAAUCUAUUUGCUUCUCUUUAUCACGUUUUCUCUGUUUCCUUUAUAAAGCUUUUUAUCCUUCACCUGAUGUGAUUUGUUCAGUGAAACAUAGUCAUUCUUUACUUAGAGGUU